GCAUGGCAACCCUGAGGGCUGUGGGGUGGCUGCUCAGGACUGGUGACUGCAAGGAGGGACCUGCUUGAUCAUCCCUAAGGGCUGAGGGGCUGAUUUGGCGGCCAGGACUCCUGGUUCUCUUCCUGACAUGGCACCUGCCUCCUGGCGCACCCCAGGCAGAAGCCCCUGGCCCCAAAGGGCUGCUCCUUGCCUGCUGGUGGUCAUUGCCCGCCCUGAGUUCAUGUCUGAGUGGAAGAGCUGAAGGUGCUCGUGGGCCAUGCAGCGUGUGUGCAUUCAGAGAUGCAACACAGGGAAUCUGGCCCUGCUGGGGAGACACCAGGGCUCAGCCUGAGCCUCCGAGACUUCCGUGGAGCAGAGCACCGUGCCCGCUCUGGUGGGGCCAUCAACUGCCGGUUUCCUGGGGGACUGCGUCAGGCUGAGGUGUCCUUUGGCUCCUGAAGGGCUUUAGUGAGACCACCUGAAAAAUGUGUGUUAGAAACACGUGGGUCCUCGGACAGGGGUGGGCUGAAGGGCUCUGCGGCGCUGCCCCCCCAGGAUGACAUGUCUUCCCCUUGUUUUCCCAGAGUUCGCUAAGAUUUGGGACAGUGCAUCGUGUUACCUCAGCCAACAGCUGGCUCUGCACCAGGAUGUCCACAUUCCUGGACUUGGGACUUUUGCGGUUGUCAGUCAGCAAGUAGCUAGCAAGAAAGACCUGGUGGUAGUGGCGAGGCCUGUGUUUCGUCUUGCAAACACUAUUAUGCAGGACCAUGGCCUCCGAUACAGUCACACCGACGUUCCUGGUCACCGACGUGUUGAACAACUGCCGUGCGCUCGGAUAGCCUCAGACAACGCUGUCUCUGAAAGCGCAGUGCGGUUUUGCAUUGAAAGGACCAUCCGUCUUUUCCAAGCCUGCCUGGAGAACAGGCAGGACGUUGCCCUCGUUUGGAGGGCCGUGGCCGUGGUGAUCAUCCAGGGCAAAGACGUGCGCACAAAAUUUUACACGGACUUUCUGCAGCGGCUGAACGGGACUGACAAGAUGUUGCAAGCUCUUCUGGAGAUGCCAGAGAUGAGGGACUCGGUCAUCUCGUCCCGUGACACUGCCGCCUCCCAGACCUCUCUGGGACAUGUUAUUGUUCUACCAGGGUACAAGCUUGGGAGCGUGGCUAAAAUGCCAGGAGUGAAAGCUGACCUGAGAGGGCAUGUGAAUGCCACCCCAGAAGGCAGGGGAAAAGGUUUUAGUAGUGGAAAAAAAGAGGAUCUUCCCGAGAAGAGCCUCCUUCAUCGAGCAAAGCUGGCUCCAAAUCGGUUGUCUGCAAUAACUGCAAAGUCAGAGCAGGCUCAGAAAGCUGAGGGGAGUGAGCCCCCUGCCAGGUGAGACACUCGCAUCCAUGGCUGAGAGGGACCCUGUGCUGGGAGUGAGGUGCUUCUCCUGGACACAGAGGCUAGAGAAACUCAGAGUGGGGUUUAUGC